CAAGUGCCCGCAGGGGGGAUGGCCUGCACGCGGUAGGGGACGGGCUGUGAGAGAGGGAGCUGCUUCCGGGAGAGCCGCCCCGCCCCCACGUGGGCCCUGGGAGACUAGAGCGCGCGGCAGUGCUGGCGGGAGUGGCGUCUCAGAUUCCUUAGGGAGGCAGAGCUGAGCACGAGGCAGACCCCCAAGAGCCCUCAGUUCCAGCCACCCGGCUGCCCUCUGUCCCCCCUGCCCACCAUGCAGCCCCAGUCAGUCCUGCACAGCGGCUACUUCCACCCACUACUUCGGACCUGGCAGGCAACCACCACCAGCCUCAGUGCCUCCAGCCUCAUCUACCCCAUCUUUGUCACGGAUGUUCCUGAUGACAAACAGCCUAUCGCCAGCCUCCCAGGAGUGGCCAGGUAUGGUGUGAACCGGCUGGAAGAGAUGCUGAAGCCCCUGGUGGAGGAGGGCCUGCGCUGUGUCCUAGUCUUCGGCGUCCCCAGCAGAGUUCCCAAGGAUGAACGGGGCUCUGCGGCAGACUCCGAGGACUCCCCAACUAUCGAAGCCAUCCGUCUGUUGCGCAAGAAUUUCCCCGGCCUCCUGGUGGCGUGCGAUGUGUGCCUGUGCCCCUACACCUCCCACGGUCACUGCGGGCUUCUGAGUGAGAAUGGGUCGUUCCAAGCUGAGGAGAGCCGCCAGCGGCUGGCAGAGGUGGCGCUGGCCUAUGCCAAGGCAGGAUGUCAGGUGGUGGCCCCGUCGGACAUGAUGGACGGACGUGUGGAAGCCAUCAAGGAGGCUCUGAUGGCACAUGGAUUUGGCAACAGGGUAUCAGUGAUGAGCUAUAGUGCCAAAUUCGCUUCCUGUUUCUAUGGACCUUUCCGGGACGCAGCUCAGUCGAGCCCAGCUUUUGGAGAUCGCCGCUGCUACCAGCUGCCGCCCGGAGCACGAGGCCUGGCCCUCCGCGCGGUGGACCGGGAUGUACGGGAAGGAGCUGACAUGCUCAUGGUGAAGCCAGGAAUGCCCUACCUGGACAUCGUGCGGGAGGUAAAGAACAAGCACCCUGAGCUCCCUCUCGCCGUGUACCAUGUUUCUGGAGAGUUUGCCAUGCUGUGGCAUGGAGCCCAGGCCGGAGCGUUUGAUCUCAAGGCUGCUGUACUGGAGGUCAUGACUGCCUUCCGCAGAGCAGGUGCCGACGUCAUCAUCACCUACUACACGCCUCAGCUAUUGCAGUGGCUGAAGGAGUGAUGGAGAAAACGUGCAAGGCCCAAGAACUAGAACUUUUUAAUUCCUGAGCCUUGGAGAAGUGAAAACCAAAGUAAACGAUGCUUU